AUGGACGCGCGACGCGCCUCCGGGCUCCCCGGCGGAGAGUUUUCGCUGACAUCCGGGGGCUACCCGAGUGUGGGCCGAAGCAGGCGCUCCAGCCGCAGAAGUAUCCCCGGGAACAUCCCCAGGAGGAGCUGGGCCAAGCCUCAUCUCCAGCUCCACAGCCUCCAGGCAGAGGAAGAACCGAUGCUGGAACGUCGCUGCAGGGGCCCGGUGGCCAUGGGCCCCGUCCAGCCCCGCCUCCUUUCUGGGCCCUCCCAGGAGUCGCCCCAGACUCUGGAGAAGGAGCCCCAGGGGCUGAGGUCGCGAGGCACCGCCGCGGCCCAGUCGGGUGGCCAGGCCCUAGGUCGGGCCCAUCGCUGUGCCCACUGUCGGAGGCAUUUCCCCGGCUGGGUGGCCCUCUGGCUUCAUGCCCGGCGCUGCCAGGCCCGCCUGCCCCGGCCUUGUCCCGAGUGCGGCCGCCGCUUCCGCCACGCCCCUUUCUUGGCACUGCACUGCCAGAUCCAUGCAGCCGCCACCCCAGACCUGGGCUUUGCCUGCCACCUCUGCGGGCAGAGCUUCCGAGGCUGGGUGGCCCUGGUUCUGCACCUGCGGGCCCACUCGGCGGCGAAACGGCCCAUCGCCUGUCCUGCCUGCGAGAGACGCUUCUGGCGGAGAAAGCAGCUGCGGGCCCAUUCGCGGCGCUGCCACCCCCCGGCCCCCGAGGCCCGGCCCUUCAUCUGCGGCAACUGUGGCCGCAGCUUCGCCCAGUGGGACCAGCUGGUGACUCACAAGCGGGUCCACGUGGCCGAGGCGCUGGAGGAGGCGGCGGCCAAGGCUCUGGGGCCGCGGCCCCGGGGGCGUCCGGCGGUGACCGCGCCCCGGCCGGGCGGGGACGCCGUCGACCGCCCGUUCCAGUCUGAGGUCUCCGCUGGGCCUGGGCCGCCGGGCGCCACGGCGGAGGCCCCGCCCUCCCUCCACACCUGCACCGACUGUGGGCGGGGCUUCCGGCUGGAGCGCUUCCUGCGCGCUCACCAGCGGCAGCACGGCGGCGAGCGGCCCUUCGCGUGCGCCGAGUGCGGCAAGCACUUCGGCAAGAAGACGCACCUGGUGGCGCACUCCCGGGUGCACUCGGGCGAGCGGCCUUUCGCGUGCGAGGAGUGCGGGCGCCGCUUCUCCCAGGGGAGCCACCUGGCCGCCCACCGGCGCGACCACGCACCCGAGCGGCCCUUCGUGUGCCCGGACUGCGGGAAGGCCUUCCGCCACAAGCCCUACCUGGCCGCGCACCGGCGCAUCCACACCGGCGAGAAGCCGUACGUCUGCCCCGAGUGCGGCAAGGCGUUCAGCCAGAAGUCCAAUCUGGUGUCCCACCGGCGCAUCCACACGGGCGAGCGCCCCUACGCCUGCCCGGACUGCGACCGCAGCUUCAGCCAGAACUGGUGGUCGUCGCUGAAGAUCCACCAGCGCACGCACACGGGCGAGAAGCCGUACCCGUGCGGCAAGUGCGGCAAGAGCUUCAGCCAGAAGCCCAACCUGGCGCGCCAUCAGAGGCACCACACGGGCGAGCGGCCUUUCUGCUGCCCCGAGUGCGCCCGGCGCUUCAGCCAGAAGCAGCACCUGCUCAAGCACCAGAAGACCCACUCCCGGCCCGCCACCCACCCGUGCCCCGAGUGUGCGCGCUGCUUCCGCCACCAGGUGGGCCUCCGCAUCCACCAGCGUGCGCACGCGCGGGACCGCCAGUUCAUCUGCAACGAGUGCGGCAAGAGCUUCACGUGGUGGUCGUCGCUGAACAUCCACCAGCGCAUCCACACGGGCGAGCGGCCCUACUCUUGCCCCGAGUGCGGUCGCCGCUUCAGCCAGAAGCCCAACCUGACGCGCCACCUGCGCAACCACACGGGCGAGCGGCCGCACCCCUGUUUCAUCUGCAACGAGUGCGGCAAGAGCUUCUCGUGGUGGUCGGCGCUCACCAUCCACCAGCGCAUCCACACGGGCGAGCGGCCCUACCCCUGCCCCGAGUGCGGCCGCCGCUUCAGCCAGAAGCCCAACCUGACGCGCCACCGGCGCAACCACACGGGCGAGCGGCCCUACUUGUGCGCCUCCUGCGGCCGCGGCUUCAGCCAGAAGCAGCACCUCCUCAAGCACCAGCGCGUUCACCUGGGGGAGCAGCCGCACCGCUGCCCGCUGUGUGGCCAGACCUUCGCCCAGCAGCCAAGCCUGGUGCGGCACCAGAAGGCGCACGCCGGGGCGGGCCGCGCAGCCGCCUUCGUGUGCCCGGAGUGCGGCAAGGCCUUCAGCGUCAAGCACAACCUAGAGGUGCAUCAGCGCACCCACACGGGCGAGCGGCCCUUCCCCUGCCCCGAGUGCGGGCGCUGCUUCAGCCUCAAGCAGAACCUGCUCACCCACCAGCGCAUCCACAGCGGCGAGAAGCCGCACCAGUGUGCGCAGUGCGGCCGCUGCUUCCGCGAGCCGCGCUUCCUGCUCAACCACCAGCGCACCCACGCGCGCAUGCCCACGCCGCACCCGCGCCGCCCUGGCGUCUUCGGGGAGCGCAGGCCCUACUUUUGCGCCCGCUGUGGCAAGAGCUUCGCGCGGGAGGGCUCGCUCAAGACCCACCAGCGCAGUCACGGCCACGGGCCCGAGGGCCAGGCGGCCCAUUUAGGCCGCGUGCUCUGA